AUGGCUUUGUUUCUUGCUUCGUCCUCACAAAAUUCAGACUUUGAGCCAAAGAAAACGGAUAAAGAUGAACGAAAAGAACAAUUUGAGGAUAUAGAGAAUCCAAGUGCAGAGGAAAUCUUAAAACGAAUCAAAGAAUGUUGUGGAGAAGCAGUGGGGAAAGCGUUUGAAGGUACGAACGUUGCUUUUAUAUUUUCGGCGGGAAACGGCCCAGAAUGCUACAAACCUUCCAAGUUUCUCUCUUUUUAGUUUUCCUUUACUUUUUGGCGUGCUUUUAUUGAACAACAACAAUCUGUGGUACUUUGCAUUGGCGAAGACUUGAACAAUAUUAAAUCAAUAUUUCCUAGCAAAUGUAAAGUUUACUUGUUUAUUCCAUGGCCGUCCAUUUUGCCUACAUACUGAACUUUUGCUAGAAAAAAAGUUUCAUGAAGUCGAGAGGUUGAGGUUUAAAGCUUACUUCUCUUUUUCUUUGAAUUAAAUGUAAAAUCUCUGUUAUUUUAUAUACCCGUUCCAAGCACUGACUUGAUUGAGAAUAAAAAAACUGCCUUGCACGAUACAUGUUUUGAAUAUGUAAAACUGGCAGAAGUGCAGGUCAUAGCUUUCUAGGUUUUCAUCUCAGCUAAUAUAUAAGCUUAUGAUAUAUAAUACACGAAAAAUAUGUGUGUAUGUUACUGGUACAUAACAUCCUAAACUGGUCAAAGCCCUGUUUUCUUCCCUUUGGAUUAUUAUUAUUUUUUUAACAUUGAAGGUUAAAGGUUUUUGAUUUGCAUUACUGAUUUUAAAAUUGCAGGACAGUGGCGAUAUUGGUAGCUUUGGAUCAACACUUUCACCAGAUAACUCUGAAAACGAAAAAGGAGACCCACCACCUUCCCAGGCUAGUACUGCAGAGGGGGGUAGCAGUAUUCAGUUGUCACCAAAACUUUGCAAGAUGAUUGUGAGAUUUAUAUGUGGAAGUGUUUUGGGUGGAGAGGAGAUCUCAAAGCUGCUGAAGAAGAGAUUCUCUGUCACACCUAGAAAUCUCACGCCCCUCACACUAUCUCAACUGUUGGAAGUGGUGUCCAAGAAGCCAGCAAGGCACAAGUAUGUGGAAAUCCCUGAUGAACCUGUUGAUCCUAGGCAGCUGAAGAUGGCUAUGAUAAAAGUGAACAAGGAGACUGAAACAAGUUACCUUUCAUCACUUUAA